UUUUAUCUAGAAAAUAUGGCUUAAAAUGCCGUGUUGCUUUGUAGCAUUUUCUAAACAAACAUUAACCUACAGUAACAUAAAGAAAGCAAGAAUUUACAGCAAAAGUACUUUCAAAAUGUUAGCGAUUUAAUGAAAGGAAAGUGCAAGUUUUUCCCGUUACAGUGUAUAGCAAGAUACGCUUAUCGCUCCAAGAGCCGGCAGUAAUAACACCAAUACAAACGGGUCGCAUUACAUCAGCAUAGGCGUUCAUGCGGUGAAGAGUCAUAUUCUGCUGCAUGUCGCUUUGGCCAUUGGCCGACCGAUGUUUGAAUCGACGAAGUUUUCUUCUCGUCUUGGUUUACUUCCGCAUAUGCUCAUUUAACCCGUCUAUCGUCUCCCGUGGACCGCCGACGCAACGUGGUUUAUGUUUAUUUGAAGAAGCAGUACAGAAUUUAGUUUUAGUUCAGCAUCCACACAAGGCACAUCAGAACGGUGUUAAUUCUGUUACACGUCCAGGCCUCGCCAUUGUCGUUAUUGUAAUGUGAUUAUGAAUAGAUUUAACCUAUAAAAGGAGUUCUAUUCUGUGGUAAACCCUAAGUUCGUGUGACUCAAUAUAGAGACUUAAUAUACAUUCUAAGGCGAAUUGCACGCAAACGGAAACUACACCCGAAAAAGUCCAUCCUAAACAAUAACUAUGAAAACGAUGUUCGUAUUCGCAAUGAGCAUCUGCUUGUUGUUUAACUACGCCGUGUCUGCUAUCCCAAAGCCGGAGGAAAAACGAGUGCUGGAUCAUGAUCCCCUAAGUCAUGCGCAACAUUAUCAAAACGAUGAGCAUAACAAACAGUACGAUCACGAAGCAUUUCUCGGCGAAGAUGCUAAAACGUUUGAUCAACUCGAAGCGGACGAAAGCAGAAGACGCUUGGGACUCAUCGUAGAUAAAAUAGACAGAGACAAUGAUGGCUUCGUUAAUAUGUCUGAGCUGAAAGCGUGGAUUCAGUACACGCAGAGGCGCUACAUCGACGAUGAUGUCAACCGUCAGUGGAAGACGCAUAAUCCGAACAACACGGAGAAGGUGCACUGGGACACAUACCGCAAGAAUGUGUAUGGAUUUCUGGACGAGCUUGCGGCGCAGGAACCGGACCAUCCGAGCGAUGAACAUUUUUCCUAUCGCACUAUGAUGAAGCGCGACCGACGCCGCUGGAGCAUUGCGGAUCGUGACGGAGAUGAUGAACUCACGAGGGAAGAGUUUACCGAUUUUCUACAUCCCGAGGAAAGCAGUCACAUGCGCGACGUUGUAGUAACGGAGACCAUCGAGGACAUUGAUAAGGAUAGUGACGGAAAGGUGUCAGUCGAAGAGUACAUUGGUGAUAUGUAUCGGCAAGGUGAACAGAAUGAAGAAGAACCGGAUUGGGUGAAACACGAACGCGAAACCUUUACCAACUUCCGUGACAAAAAUAAGGAUGGCUUCAUGGACAACCAGGAGGUGAAAGAUUGGAUCACUCCGGCGGACUUUGACCAUGCGGAAGCCGAAGCCCGUCAUUUGAUCUACGAGGCAGACUCUGACGCAGAUGAAAAGCUAACAAAGGACGAAAUUAUAGAAAAGUACGAUCUGUUUGUCGGUUCACAGGCGACUGAUUUUGGCGAGGCUUUAACGCGGCACGACGAAUUUUAGGCAAAACAAAAAAAGAAAUUAUGAUUCAAGUGUUCCAUUCAUUCGUGACGAGAUGGAAUAUUUUCGUAUACGAAUACAUAUUUCUUUGAAUUGAUAUUUAACAGCGCCAUGUCUUAGUGCGAUUACGGAAGGCAUUCGAUUGCGACUGACAAAUUUAACAUACUCUUUUGUUUGCCAUUCAAAAAUAGCAAAAGCACUGCUGGUAAAGAAAUGUAGUGAAUAGGUUUAAUAAUUAUUUCUUCGAAGAAUGAGAUCUGAUCAUCGAUAUGAAUAUAUCGUUCUAUGGUGUUCUAACAUUUAGUUUAACUAUUAAUAUCUUCUUUACAUAGGUUUAACAAAUCGUACCAUUUAUGUUCGCCUUACCUAAAAGCCUUGGGCAAGCUACUAAGAUCAACUAAAUGUGAAAUAUAUUCAAUUUGUAAACAAAAUCUAAAAAAAUCAUGUUUAUAAUUGAAUAAACAACAUUGGACCGAAUUAAGCGU